AUGACUGUCGCUGUACAUCACAGAGAACAAAUUAAUCAUUCUAAGGAGGAAAGACAUGUACCCAAGAGCUCCAAAGUCGUGCGUUUUGCUAAUAUGAGUGACUUAGAGAACCACCGACAACAAAUGGACCCACACUACCGGACACCCAGUGCGGUUCGAGCCGUCCCUCAGAACGGAUACACUACGCGACGCUUUACCAUUGACGAGGUGGAGCUUUACUUCAGUGAAGACCGCCCUGAUUUUCCCAUGGGAUCUCACGAUUAUGCAGUGAAAAAAACUGUUAGACGUGAAGACUUUGUGCUUUGUGGGUACCUCGAAAGUCGACGAGUAAAAUUGGGUAUCACCACAUGGCAUAAGAGCUGGGCCGAGCUGUUUGUUGGCAUUUUAGUUGUACGGAAAUACCAAGACACUGUUCAACGUAAACGGACUUUGAUCCCUGUCUCUGGUGGAAAAUUAAAGCUUCUUAAUUUAAAAGAUAACAUCAUGCAAAUUGAUUUUCUUUUCCAAGGUAGAUAUAAGACGUGCGUUUUACGCUAUCAGACCAAGCAAGAUAUGUUUCUGUGGUGGUGGUCCAUCCAAGUGGCCGCUUAUGUCCCGAUAGAGCCACAUUUACUUCACAAAUGCAUGAGUCAACCAACGCUCAUGCCGCAACAAAUUGCAGAUGGUACGAAUGAAGUGGGGAACGUAUUGUUUCCUAGAUCUUUGCGAUCUGAGGUGUAUCCACCAAACAAAAGCUUUAAAACUCAUCGAGGAGUGGUUCGUCUUAUUUUUAUCCGUCACGGAGAAACCCAGAAUAUCAAUUUUCGAGUUUGUGAUCGAGACAAGAGACUUACUAAGCGUGGAGAGGAGCAGGCUAAGAUCACAGCCAAGUCUCUCAACAAAAUGUUUUUCGUUCGAGAAAAUGACAACCCGAAUGUUACUCUUAUUUAUGGAGGCUUACGACGAACAGUCGAGACUGCCGCAAUUUUUGUGAAAGAGAUGCCGUGGCUUGCUCAAUCAUAUGAAUGCUGCCUUCUUGAAGAUGGCGCACCAAAGAAUGUGGACAUUUUUCACCGAUACGAUUACCGCGAAUCAAUGCAUAAAAUGGCGUUUCACUACAUUUGCCGUUCGAAUGGAGAUGACGACUUUGCACGUGGGCCGAAAGGAGAAUUGGAGAAAUUUAUGCUUGUCAUUGCUCAUACAAGUUUUAUCCAGUACUGUAUGGCGCAGUCUUACAAGGUUUCGAGGGAAAUCAUCCAGCUUGGCGCGCCCAUAUGUCACUGCAGCGUCACGCGUUUUGAUGUGAAGCCGACCGACGAACUAGAAGUUAAAUUUUCAAAUAGAAUCGCGCAUCUUCCACUCACUCAUCAAACCAGUGAGUGA